AGAAUUUGCGCCAUUUAAUAAUUGCACUAUGAACAAUAUGUUCAUUCAUAUAUCCGUUUAUAGGUAAACUUCAAUUUAAUCACCAAAUUACUUCAUUGUUAGUUUUUUUCUCGGUAUGAAGCGGAACUGAUGUAUGCAUCAACGGUACUAUUUUACGGUUACACUUUCUUCCUCCGCUCAAAUGCGUCUUCCACAUAGACAGUAUAUAAGUCUUCCACUGUAAACAACAGCGUUGAGGUUGAAUCCAAUGUUUGGUCCAUAGUUAUGCAGGUUAUGGAUACUUAAUUUCAGUGUCUCGACCGACAGACAGACCCACCCAAAAAGAAAAUAAACAGCAGACCCCCUGGGUCAGCACUGUGCAUUGAAACAGGAUGGCGUCCUCUUCACCCCAUGACCGCAGUCGUAAAGACAAAGAUGAUGAUGAUGAUGAUGACCCUGUUGAACGGAUGAUAUCCCGCACUGGCUGUGCUGAGCUACACUAUGCUGUGCAGGAGUGCAUGGCUGAACACCAGGACUGGCGUGUGUGCCAGAGCCAGGUCCAGACUUUCAAAGACUGCAUGAUGAAUUUCCAAAUUGCCCGGAAAGAACAGCUCAUGAAGCAGCUAACCUCCACUGAGUCUGCGCCCAGCUGAACUUCCAACACCACACACACAAACAAACACACACACACUGGCUGGGAUGUGUUGACAACAUGUGCUUGAGGUGGAAAGACUGUACCUAAUUUAAUUGUUGUUUAUGAAAAUAAAGCUACAAAAAAAUCUG